CCAGCAUAUACAAAAUAUAUAAAUCAGAAAAUAGAAUAUUAAUACAAUAUAAACAGAAAAAUGGCAAUCAUAUUAAUGUUUGUGAUGGCUCUCUCAUUUUCGUCCAAUUUUGCUGAAGGGAACAUCAAUGCUGCUGAUAAAAUAUUAAGUACACCGCAUACGACGUCGUGGAAGGCUUCUGCUGAGAUCAAAGGCAGGGCAGCAGGAGUGAGAGGAGAUAUUUAUUUUCGUCAACUAGGAGAAGGUCCUACUACUCUACAUGGAAUGGUAUCGGGUCUGCAGCCUGGCCUGCACGGUAUGCAUAUCCACACUGAUGAAGAGCGAAUUGAUUGCCUGGCAACAAAAUCAAUAGGGCCGCAUUUUAACCCUGCUGAGAAAGAACACGGUGGCCCCGGGGAUGAAAUUCGUCAUGCCGGUGAUCUGGGAAAUAUUAUUGUCGGUGAAGAUGGUACUGCCAAUUUCACAAUUACUGGGGAUCAGAUUCCUCUCACCGGAAAAAAUAAUAUUAUGGGAAUGACAAUAGAUAUCCAUUCAAACCCUGAUGAUUGCGGCAAAGGGGGGAAUGAACUAUCCAAAACCACCGGAAAUGCAGGAGAACGAAUUGCCUGUGGUUUGAUUAAUGGGAUUGAAUCAAUAAAAAUGAGAAAAGAGAUGAAGGUGGAGAAGAAAGGAAAUAACCCUACGGAUAUAGAGCCAUACCCUAAUUGCUAUGGGGACACAGAUUGUAUUAAUCAAUGCCCUAAAACUUGUAAACGUGUAUUUUGCGAAACUUUUAUUUGCCGGUGCCAAGCUUCUAAAGUUGCCUCUAAGUACACUCCAAUGCUUACAUUACCUUGUCAAUGGGGUUAGAUUUGUGGGUUCAUCUACAAUA